AUAUAACUAUCGGGGGUGGGCAUGAGGAGAUCACUGGGUAAGACCACAGAGGCACCCGAGGUACUGGUACAUAUGGCCAGCGACUCUCUCAGCCAAACCACUCUGCACAGAGACGCACCGCGACUACCCUCAACUCGUUGUCAACCCGAAAUACGGCAGUACUGUACGCAGAAAUUCAUUGAAAAUGAGACCCUCUGCGAAGGAUGUGAAUACCGAACAAUCGGGCGUCACCCUGAGACAAGCGCGCACAGAAGGCUCUACGUCCAGUUUGAACAGUCCUACAAGUAGGGAAUGUGGCCUGCAGAGCCCGAGUUAUAGGCAAGCUACAGAGCAGGCCAUACGCGCAUCUAGUUGUGAAAUUUUGAGUACCGCCAGUAAUAAGCUUAAAAACGAGGCGGGAGCUGACGUGCUUAGCGAUGGGAAUGAAAGCGAGCCUUCCACCGAGAAACUGCAACAGCUUAUAAAGCAGCGAAAAGAUAUUUUAUCUAUUGCACUAUCAUACACCAUAGAAAACGGUAAUGGUGAGAGCGUAGAUCUGGAUAUGGAGUCUAUCGUCUCACAGAUGAAGACAUUCAUGUUCGCUGGUCACGAUGCCGUCGCCGCAACUACCGCGUGGUGUCUUCGUCUGCUCGGAGAGAACAAGGAUAUUCAGGAGAAGCUGAUAACGGAAGUGGAUGAGCUAUAUGCGACCAAACCCAAUUUUGAAUUCAGAGACUUGGGACAAAUUUCAGAUGGAAACAUUGAGGUUAUAUCCACCGGCAUCCACCCUUCGUCAUGUCGCUCCGGGCACAGCACCUAUCAAGGGCUACGAUUUAGCAGAUUCACUAUGUUUUGUAUCGGCGUAUACUAUGCACAGAACAACCGAUGGGCUUACAUACCCUUCUCAAACGGUCCACGCAACUGCAUCAGUCAGCAAUUUGCAAAGAUUGAGCUGGAAUACAUCAUAGCCAUGACCUUCAUAGAAUUCCGCUUCAUGCCCGUGGGAGAGGAAUCAAUCGCUUUCCAUAUCAUAACCGUACCUAAGAAUGGCUGUAAACUUUUGCCGGUACGAAGAAAGGAUGUUCGACAGUUCGAUUUAAAUACCGGCAAGGCAGAGUCCCUAGUCAGUGGCGGUGCAGAGUAG